AUGCUUAAAUCCUUGGUUAUCCUUUUUCUUCUCGUCGGCUGCUCUUUUGCCGCAGUCACAUCGCAAUGCAUGAAGACCGAAACCAAGAAGAUCCAGGAAUGCACCAAGCUAAUCGAAAAUGGAAUAGAUGGCAUCCAGAAGAUGAUCAUUUCCAAGUUCGAUCCAAAGAAACAAAAGGAGGUGAAUGAGAUCUGCAAGAAAGCCCAAAAUUGUUUCGGCGAUCUCAAGAAGAAUUGUCCGGAUUUCCCGAAAGACGCCACUUUAAUGUUGGACUACCUCUGCGGAAAAGUCACCUUCAUCACGGGACCAUUCUCGGAGUGCAUGAAGAAGCUGAUCAUGCUUGAUGACACUCCAACCGCCGGAUGCGGUGCAAAAAUCAUCAACGGCGACGUCUUCGAUGAUCCAAAGAAAAGCUGCAAGGCUGUCAAGGACACGAUCGCCUGUGAGAAGGACAUUGGAAAAGUUUGCGACGCGAAAAUGGAGAAGCUGUUCCAUGCUGAGAAUCAAGGCGAUCUCAAGAGAUUCAAAUGCUAG